AUGGUGAACCGCGAUUCGGCAUUCUGUUGGCAAGACAGGGAACUUCGCUUUGACAGCAGCUUGACAGAUAUCAAUCCACGGCAAGGGGAGGAGGUCCUUUCCGUGCUGGAGUCUGUUGAGGACACGAAGGGGAAUAACGGUGAUUUAGGGGAACUCGUGAUUACUACCCUGCGGCUAAUGUGGAUAUCCAAGAAGAAUCGCCGGACAAAUAUUUCGGUCGGGCACAGCUGCAUCACGUCAAUCAACGUGCGUUCAGCGACGUCUCGGCUGAAGGGUCAAACGCAAUCGCUUUUCAUACUCACGAAAUACCAUACCCAUCGCUUUGAGUUCGUAUUCACGGCGCUGGCAGAUGGCGCGGACACGCUAUUCAGCUGCGUACAGGGAGUUUUUAAGGCGUACGACAACAGUCGUCUGUACCGCGAACUGAAGCUGCGAGGCGCUUUCAUCGCCGACCGGGAGCUGAAGCUGCUUCCCCUGGAGCAGACUUACAGCCGCGUGCAGGGCGUCUACAACCUGAGUGCGGAGCAGGGCAAUCUGGGCGCCUUCUUCAUCUCCAACGUGCGGGUGGUGUGGUACGCCCAGAUGGCGGAGAACUUCAACGUGUCCAUACCCUACUUGCAGAUCCGGUCCGUUAAAUUGCGGGACUCCAAGUUCGGCCAGGCGCUGGUAAUUGAGACCAGCGCGGCCAGUGGUGGCUACGUGCUGGGCUUUAAGGUGGAUCCCAAGGAGACCCUGGACUACGUGUACAAGGAGAUCAGUAGCCUGUGGCAGGUGUACGCGGCGCACCCGGUCUUCGGAGUCGAGUACCGACCGGAAUCCUCCGGCGCUUCGGGAGGCGGUGCGUUUGGAUUAACGCCAUCGGAGCAAGACGUAGAAAUUGUGGACCCGCCUGACCGCGGCGAUGCGCUGGCCCUGUAUUACGCUGAUGCAACGAAAGGCGUCGACCGCGAUCCCGUCUACUGUGCCGAGCUGGGGCUUGCCAUUGAACAACUAAAAGAGGGGCUCACCAUCGAGCAGCUGUGGAGCGUGCUUUAAAGAAGGAUUCAUGUUCUUUGUGCACAUUGACGUGUCGGAGUGCCGAAGCCCUUCUGACGUGUUCCUUCGUUUCUCUUGCUGGGCUAGUUGUAUUACUUCAUGAUGACUCUUAAUUCAUGCUUUAGUUGUUUAUUCAUGCGAAUCUUGUGAUGGUUCGCGGCAUGGAGCGUGGUUUCGGCGUGGAUUUGUUCCGCCACUAAGCCCAUGCUCUGAACAACUAAUAAACAUAUUUGCGCCAUACAUGUAACGCAAUUAAGACG